GUGGUCACGUGACAUGCUGACUGCUUUUCUUCUGCUUCCGGAAAAGAACCGCAGACGUCGACACAAGCAGAUGGCGGCGGCGCUGUUGUACUUUCUGUUGGCGGGAACGGCGGCGGCCGCGCCGGCCGACCACGAAGUCUGCAGCCUUCCCGGGUUGUCCAAGCAGCCCGGCUUCAGGCACUACUCGGGAUACUUGAACGUGGAGGACGGGAAGCAUCUGCACUACUGGUUUUCCGAGUCUCAGAAUUCUCCGGCGUCCGACCCGGUGGUGCUGUGGCUCAACGGCGGGCCCGGGUGCAGCUCGCUGGACGGACUGUUGACGGAGCACGGACCCUUCCUGGUGGAGGACGACGGCGUCACGCUGAGACAAAACCAAAACUCCUGGAACAAGAUCGCAAACAUGCUGUACCUGGAGUCCCCAGCAGGGGUGGGCUUCUCCUACUCUGACGACGGCGCCUACGCCACCAACGACUCCGAGGUGUCCAUGCUCAACUACUUGGCCCUAAAGGAGUUCUUCCGGCUUUACCCGGAGCUGAGCGCCAACCAGCUUUUCCUGAUGGGAGAAAGCUACGGCGGGAUUUACGUGCCCACGCUGGCCGAGAGGGUGAUGGAGGACGACGCCCUCAACCUGCAGGGCGUGGCGGUGGGCAACGGGAUGUCCAGCUACGAGCUGAACGACAACUCCCUGGUGUACUUCGCGUACUACCACGGCCUGCUGGGGAGCCGCCUGUGGAGCCGCCUGCAGAAGUCGUGCUGCCGCCACGGCCGCUGCGACUUCCACCGAAACCCCGACGUCGACUGCUCCGCCGCCCUGGCCGACGUUCAGGACGUCGUCUACGGCUCGGGACUCAACGUCUACAACCUGUACGCGCCGUGUCCGGGCGGCGCCCCCCGCAGGUUCAGCGUGGAGCGAGGUCAGCUGGUGGUGCGAGACCUGGGCAACUUCUUCAUCCAUCACGAGUGGACCAAGAUGUGGAAGAAGAAGCUCCGAGGCCUGGCGGGACGCGAGACCCCCGUGCGCCUGGAGCCGCCCUGCACCAACUCCACGCCCGCCACCCGCUUCCUGAACGACCCGCACGUGCGAAGCGCCCUGAACGUCGACGCCCGGGCGCCCGACUGGACCGUCUGCAGCGCCGAGGUGCACCUCAACUACGGCCGGGUCUAUCUGGACGUCAGGAAGCAGUACCUCAAACUUCUGGCCGCGCUGAAGUACCGCGUGCUGGUGUACAACGGCGACGUGGACAUGGCUUGUAACUUCAUGGGCGACGAGUGGUUCGUGGAGUCCUUGAACCAGCAGGUGGAGGUGAGUCGGCGUCCGUGGGUGUACGAGAACGAGGACGGGCGGCAGGUGGGCGGCUUCGUCAAGGAGUUCACCAACUUGGCCUUCCUCACCGUCAAGGGUUCGGGUCACAUGGUGCCGACGGACAAACCUCUGGCGGCGUUCGCCGUCUUCUCCAGAUUCAUCAGCAAGCGACCCUUCUGACCUCCGCGAUCGGCUCCACGGUGACGGGCGCCGCUCCGUGAUUGGCUCUCCGCUACCGUAGUGACGAGCACCGACCGCCCGAUCGAACGACACGUUGCUGCUGAUUUUUAAUUUUUUAUUUUUUAAAGGAAAUGCGCACAUUAAAAGCUUGGUGACAAAUG